AUGCCUCUUACCACUGCGGAGAUGAAUUCUAAUGAACACUGGUACAACUCAUCGUCAACGUCUUUCUUUAUUAUACCUGGAGGACGCGAUCAACCAUUCGUGCAGGAUUUUAGCGGUCGAAAUCUUGAUAACCUCAAAAAAUAUCUUACGACUGGUGGAAUUUAUAUUGGGAUAUGCGCAGGCGCAUAUGUGGCCUCAUCUUUUAUUCGUUUUGAAGAGGGAAAUAGCCCAUACGAAGUUAUCGGUCCAAGAUGGAAUUUGGUACCAUGUGUCGCUGUUGGAUCUCUGUUUCCAGGCACAUUUCAUUACAAUUAUCCUAUGGUUGGUGAUGAAAUAUCGGCAGAGCGCUCCGAACAGCAAGUAAAGGUUCCUACCGCAAUUAGGUUGGAUCAUGAAAUGCCGUCUCUUUAUUGCACGGAUACUGUUAGCAUUUGGUCGGAUUUGGGAUUCUUAGCCCAUUAUAAUGGUGGGCCUCAUUUCCAGGAUAUUCGUUUCCCCUGCCAUAUACACGCUUGGUACGACAUGGCUGGCGAGAUGCUGCCUGCUGUUGUCUCUUCAACAUAUGGCCAAGGAUCGGUUUUUCUUUUUGGAUUUCAUAUUGAGAACAGAGCACCAAUCUCAGACUUGAAUUUAAGGGUGGCUUUUUGCCGCUCCAUGCUGCUCAAAUGA